GCCAACUCGACACUCUUCCGUUCCAUCCAUUUCUGCCUUCUUAGCCCCCUUCUCGCCAUCGAUAGUGCUUACUGGGCCGGAUACUAGUGCACGAUGUCGUUCUUCAAUUCCAUAGGUCGCUCUAUGCAGCGCUCGGGUCCUCGAGGACCGAAACGCUCUCCGACGCCUACGUCGGCCACAUUUCCCAACUCGGGCGGAAAUGGCGACGUCAAUCAACCGCCUUCACCAAGCACUACGUCUUCCAACCCACAGAAGCCUUUGUAUCUGUGUAGCCCUUUCGUAGAGGCCGCGCUCGUCAAGGGUAACUUCAAAACAAUUGUCAUGUUGCCCAAGUAUGUCGAUGUAACAGAAUGGGUCGCUGUGAAUGUCUUUGACUUCUUCCAAAACCUCAACAUGUUCUAUGGUGUCAUCUCGGAGUGCUGCACUCAACAAUCAUGUCCCGCCAUGGCCGCUGGACCCCAAUUGAAUUACACUUGGAUCAAUCAGGACCGUAAAAGUGUGCAGUUACCCGCCCCGACCUAUAUCGAUUACGUUAUGACAUGGGUGCAAAACGUCAUUGACGACGAGACGACAUUCCCCACCAAGUCUGGACAAGACUUCCCUGCCUCAUUCCCUGCGACUAUGAAACAUGUCUACCGCCAACUUCUCCGUGUUUUUGCUCACAUCUAUCACGCUCAUUAUUCCGCAAUCCUCCAUCUACGUUCCGAACCUCAUUUUAACUCCUUAUUUGCACACUUCCUUGCGUUUGGCAGAGAAUAUGAGUUGCUUGAUAUCAAGGAUGUCAAGGGAUCUGACAAGAGCUCGUCAGGCUCUGGACUGCCUGGGCAGGUGGGCAUCGGGGCUCUGUGGGAGAGGUGGAAGGAGAUGGGUAUCCUGGAGGGUUGAGAUCUGAUGCCAUUUUUCUCAAUGCGUUGAGGUGGUAUCUAGGAGCGCGCGUCGGAAGGAGGAGUUUGGAGUGACGUUGUGUCGGGCAGGGAACCAGUGAAGUUUAUAUCAAACCCGAUCAUGGAUUAUAUUGGACGUACAUAUACGCGUUUGUUGUUUUCAUCUGUGCAUAUAAUUUUUGGCUGUGUUUCUGGAUUAUUACUACAAUUUUGAUGAUGCUAUACCCC